AUGCACCGCGCGAGCGUCGAUGCCUCCACGGAAUUAUGGGACCUUAUGACUACGAUGGUAUCGUCCGCCACCAAGCUCUACGUCUCUACUCCUCCAUCGCUUCGUUUGAAGUUACAGUCCAAAAGCCGCCCGCCUUGGCCCUCAUCAACAUCGGAUCUCGUACCCUAUGGGCUUCAGGCUUCCUUGGAUUCUAUGAUCGAUUUGGUUCGUCAUGGUAUCCCGUCGGCCUUUCAUAUCCUCUAUGCCAUUGGAGUGGCCUUCGGCAGAUCCACAGUGAUGAAGAUCUUGGUCGACCACCCCGAUUUGCCUACAGCGCUCUACUACUACCUAUCUAUUUGGGAGUACUUCACCGCCCAGAUACCCUUGGACGAUUACUCGGCCGUACAAACUCGCAUCACUGCCGCAGCGACCGGCGCAGUGAAGACCAUGGAAUUCAUCGCGGAUCUCUGCGGAUCUCCUGCAGACGCACUGAGAAGAUUCAUGGCUCGCGCGGGAGCUCCCCGAGAUCAGUUCGUCGUUCUGUGGUCAAGUCUUCUAACCCUUUGGCGGCGCGCUCAGGCGAUCAUACCCAAGGACCUCCUGCUCCAGAACCGUCCCGCAGAGGUGCUUCUAAACAGCAUGCUAUACAGUGUCAUCUGCACCUACGCGGGCGCCGGUGCCGUGUUACACGCGGUGCUCAAGCUCCCGCGGGACGAGAUAUAUUAUGAUCCGAGGAUCCUACAACUAUCAGAAGCCUUGCCCACAUGGAAUCCGCUGUACAACCGUUUAGAAGUGACCGCGCGCCAAGCUGCGGAUAACCCGAGAUGUUUUGGGCCAGGUUGCGUAGAGACGGAGGCGACAGCCGGGCGCAAGUUUCAUGUGUGUGGGGGAUGCGGGCAUAUGAAGUACUGUUCGAAGGAGUGUCAAAGGCGUGCGUGGAAAGAUCAGCGAGCUUCUCACAAGUAG